AUGUGUAAAACCAACCCAGCUUCAUUCACGCGCGGAAUAAACAAGUCGCCUCAGAUGUGGAUUAUUUAAGAGAAUAAAAAGUCUUUAACGGAUAUAACGAAUACUUUACAAUAAAUAUUGACCUAUCAAAAGAUAAACGUGGCCUUCAGCUGUGACGACGCGUUUAUUUAAGGGAACUUCCAUGGUUGUCCAAGGGUUGAAUGACAGAUUCAAAUGUAACACUUAUCGCACUCAUGGCAGCAUGUUUGAGGAUUUCUUUGAUCAAAUUGAAAGAGGACUUGGACCCCUUAAUCCAGGCUGGUUUGAGGAGUUGACUGCAAAAGCUUCUAGAGAUGGAGCAGGUCCAGACAUUUCAAAAGCUGAAGAGGAGGAGGAGAUGGACACUGUCAAAGCACCAGAGACAUCAGCCCUGGGCAGUCAGCUGUUUUCGACACCCAAAAUAUUUAAGCAACGACAUCUGCAGUCUCCUGAUUCCAUAUCUAAUGAAGAUUCCCCUUAUCAAGCUACUAAUGGAGUCUCGUCAGCUUGUCCCUGGACAGAUUCAAGCCCUUGUAUGUUUGGCUCAGCCAAAGACAGGUUUGAUAGAUCCUGUGGACAACCUGGUGAUUACUUUGGCCUUCUGGACACACCAAAAGCAUCUUUGGCACGUUCUGCAAAGCAAAUAUCUGAGAGCCUUGGGGCACAGAUAAACCCAGACCUUUCCUGGAGCAGUUCCUUUAACACACCAUCAUCUUUGACUCCCACUGUGAUAUUACCUAAAACAGAGGACCGUGCUCCAUCUGCAAGUUGCCUCAAAGACAAAGAAGCAAUUUUUGUGCGGAAACUGUUUCCAACCCUCUCAAAAGGCUCUGAAAGUAAUGUGAUAUUAUGUGAGAGAGCAUCUGCAGUAAAACAUUACGUGAGGUCCACAAGUUCGACUGUCCAGGCUGAUGGCCUGGGAGGAAAGCCCAUUUGCUCCCCAGAUGCAUCGCCUGAUAUGAAUGGUCUGUGGAAGCAGACUGUGCCAACAGCUAUAGAGGACGGGGACAUCCGCAGCACAGUACAGAAGGUUCUUGAUGGUGCUGAGAAUGUGUUGUCCAUUUUCUUCAGCAACAGCACUUCAGCUCUGCGAAGAGUCAAAACCAAAGAAAGGAACAGAAGGAGAAUAAAUGAUUCCUCAAAGGAUGUAAAAUCAACUGUUCCAACUUCAGAGCCGCAUAAAGAGCCAGGAGAGAUAUUAAAUAGAGAUAAAACUUACACAGAUGAUUUAGAAGCAGAAAGCUGCCUCAAAAAUAAACACGUCAUGCAGUGGUCCCCACUAAGUUUAUUAGACUCCAGCCUGAAUGAAGGUGUUUCUUCGGGCUUGCCUUUCAUGUGCAAUCACAACACUGUUGCGUCCAAUGAAACUGAUGGUGGCACUUUUCUCGACCAGCAUAUUCUUAAGGACUGCACCUCACAAAAUAGCCCAACUUUUUCCAAAAGUGUUGAAAGAGUCAAGUCUUUUCCAAAUACCCAUGCAGAAGGAUCUCAGUGUCAGAAGUUUGGCAAAUCGCCUGCUUUCACACUUGCUAGAAAGCCCAGUAGGUUUGUGUAUCAAGUACUGAGAUCAGAGUUGUCAAAGACUGUAACAACAAUUAACAACAAGCACACACUGUCAGGAAACCCUCCAGAGGAGGAGAAAUCCAGUGGCCUUAAUGAGUCCAGUUUCAUCAGUGAAGACACAGUCAAUCAUCAGAUACAGCAACAAGUCACUGCUGUACAACAGGUCUCGACAGAUUCCCGUGAACUUGAUCAAGGACUGGAUAUGACACAGCUGUCCAAGGCAUUUGCAGAGGAUUUCACACAAGAAAUAACUACAGGAGAACCACCUGACAUGCAUGUACAAAGUGACAUUUCAUCCACAUUCAUCACAAUCUGCCAAGGGCAGUCUGAGAUAGAGUUAGACCAGAAGAAUAAAGAUGGUAUUAACCAGCAGGACUCUCGAGAUAAUCACAAUGACUGCUGUGCUUUAGCAGAUGUAUCUGUCAGCUCCCCAAACAAGUCAACAGUUGCACUCACAACUUUUGAAAUCAGUCAUGACAGUGGUUGCCCCACCACAUUUUCAGGAUUUGAUGGCAUGACAGCAUCUUGCACAGGUACCAAGGAUAAUUUUUCUGGCUUUAAAACAGCAAACAACAAGGUUAUAACUGUACCACAAGAGGCUAUAAUGAGGGCCAAAGCAUCAUUGGAUAAGGCUGUAGGGGACGGUUUGAUAAACACCUUAAAUGAAAGAUCUCCAAAACACAACCACACAAAAGAAACCAUUUUCAAAUCAAUUUCAAACAGCACGAAUACAGCAAGAUCAACCUUAGGAAAGUCUAUCCUCCCUGAGCAUGCAUCAAGAACUUGUAAUAGCGAUGAGCUGUCCAGUCCAGGACUCUUAAGUUCAAAGAGCUUUAAACAGAAUAUUUCAAGCUGCUCUUCGCCACAGUCAAAGGAAUGUGAUUAUAAAAUUGAUUCGGAGAGGAAUAUUACAGUUUCAGAUUUUGGCCUUCAGAAAGCUAGGACUCUUUUAAAAGAGAAAUUGGAGAGAGACACUGAUUCAUCUAAGUGGAUUCAUAAAAAACUGGAAUUCCAAAAUGUUGCUGAAAAACAGACUGUGUUAGACAUUAACGGCAAGGACAAACCCACCCCAGUGGAUUCCAGCCAUGAUGAUGUUGAGAACUGCCCUUUGACAGCUUCACAAAAGGCUGAUGUUACAGAAUUGUGCAAUCUUUUGGAGGAUGCAGAAAGCCAGUACGAAUUCACUCAGUUCAAAGCAAAAAAGCUUGGUUCAGACAACCACCACACCUCUGAAAGAGAGUGGGAUCCUGACCUCCUCAAAGGUAUUGACUUUGAUGAUAGUUUUAACUCUGAUGUUGUCAAAGGAAAGCAGCAAGUCAAUACAGAUGCUUCUUCGAUAAGCAAUUCUGUUCAUACUAACAAUGAACCUGAAUGUGCUCCAAAUCAAUCUUUAGAUGGUGACAAAUUGUGCACCAUAUCAAAGGAAAAACAAGAUGAAAUGGUGCAUUUGUUAACAGCUAAAAACAAUUUGGGUAAGGAGCUAAAGAAUGCAUGGGAAGAAUUGUCCACUUUCAGUGAAAAAACUAAUGGUUUUGGUUUUAAAACCGCUAAAGGGAACUCUAUAGUUAUUUCAGAAAAGAGUUUAAACAAAGCAAGGCACUUUUUUGAAGAGGAUGAUAUAGAAGCUAAUAGACAAGACAUCAAGGCAGAUACAGAAGUGCCAAAGCCAGAACAAUCCAGAAUGCAUUCUGAAAUUGAGCCUUUAGCCAGUACUUCUGGCAGCAUGGACAAGGAAAAUAAACGGCACCUUCGGUUUAAACAAGAUGAAUAUUUCAGCUGUGGAGAUGUAAAUGCAGAUUUUAGAGACUUUGAAAUGAAUAACCAAGUGACAGGAAAUUGUUUGGAUAGAAAAACAGAUGUUGUCCGUGUUAACUCAAACAGCCAUUUUGGAUUCAGUACAGCAAAGGGAGAGAAACUGAAAGUGUCUGAAAAGGCCCUUCUGCAAGCAAGAACACUUUUCAAUAAUGUUGACAGCUUAGAGGAGCCAGAAAGUCAAGAGCUUAAUUUCCACACUUCUGGAAAGCAUGAUGACUCUAUUUCAGCAUCUAGUCUUCAGAAAACAAAAGCUGUUUCCUGGAGUGAAACCUCUAUAGACAAAAAACAGUUUGACUCGCCCGAAAUACCCAGUGUUCCGGAUGUUCCUUCCCACAACAGUAAAGAACAGAAAUCUGGUGAUGACGCUAAAGGAGUUUUGACUAACAGUUGCCCCUCAAAACUUUAUAUGCCUAAGUCAGUGCAUGGCCAUGGCUUUCAGACAGCCAGUGGGAAGGGAGUUUCCAUUUCAGCCCAAGCACUUAAAAAGACAAAGGCGGUAUUCAAAGACUGUGGUGAAAAUAUUGACUGUUUGAAAUCAGCGAAAACUGGGGAAAGUAAUGCCAAAAUGGAUAUUGAAAACGUCAAAAAAACAAAUGGAUUUACAACUGCAAGUGGUAAAAGUGUGAAAUUUUCAGCAGAGGCGAUCAAGAACGCAAAAGCUGUUUUCAAAGACAUUGAUCUUAUUAUUGACUUCUCAUCACAAGCAAAUGGCGACAAAGUAAAUGAAAGAAAUUCUAACGGCAUGAAAACAUGUCAGGAUAACCUGAUUAAUGGCUAUGAAAAACCUUCCUUGGAACAGAAAACCCCUCAGGAAGAAGAAUGUGAGCAGAAAGUAAAAGUAUGUAAUGAAGGCUUUCAAAGUGAAUUAUCCUAUUUGCUUCCUCUUACUGGCAACUGUGGUUUUAGUACAGCCAGUGGUAAAAAGGUGUCUGUCUCAGCUGAAACACUCCAGAGAGCUAAAGAUUUUUUGUCAGAGUCAGUUGAUGGUUUCCCAAAUAACAAUGGUUCUAGAAAGACAAAGGAGAUUGUGGGCAUCCAAACAGAUACCAGUUCCUCAGGAAAACACUUCGGAUUCUCUACAGCAGGUGGGAAAAAGGUUUCCAUCUCUGCUACUGCUCUGCAAAGGGCAAAGCAUCUCUUUAAAGACUGUGAAGAGGACCAUUUAGCAUCAGAGGAUCUUCAAAACCAAAUUUGUAAAGAUUUCAGCACUCCCAUUGGCAAAAAAUAUAUUGUCUCAGAAAAGGCACUGAAUGAUGUUAGAGCAGCAUUUGCAGGUUUUAAUAAUGACAACUUCAGUCAUGAGCCUAAAACUCACUCAAAUUUGCAAAGUGGACAACAUAAAAGCACCAGUAGGAAGCCUGACCUUGUGCGAGAGAAAGUCCCACCUAAAACUGAGAGUUCCUCAAGAAAACACAUUGGAUUCUCUACAGCUGGUGGGAAGACAGUGGCCAUCACUGCUACUGCUCUGCGAAGGGCAAAGAGUGUCUUCAAAAAUUGUGAAGAGGAAAGUUUAGUUUCUGAGAAUUUUCAGCACCAAAACUGUAAAGGUUUCAGCACCGCCAGUGGCAAAUAUGUUACUGUCUCAGAAAAGGCACUGAAUGGACCUGCAUUUGCAGGUUGUGAUGAGCCUAAAAUUUUCUCAGAUUUACAAAGUGGACAACAUGAAAUCUCCUGUGGAAGAAGUGGCCCCGUGUCAGAGAAGGUCCCAUCUAAAACUUUGAGUUCCUUAGCUGAACACAAAGGUUUCUGGACAGCGGGUGGGACAAAAGAAUAUGUCUCUGCUUCUGCACUGCAGAGGGCAAAGAGUCUCUUUAAAGAUUGUGAAGAUGAGAGUUUUGAGGAACGCUUAUCAAAGAAAGUCCCAUCUGAAACUGUGAGGUCUUGUGCAAGAAUCGAGAACAUUGGGGAUGAAAACCUAAAAUGUUAUCAACUUAAUACGGAAAAUUAUGGUUUCAUCACAGCUAGUGGUAAAGGUGUUUCUGUAUCAAAGGUUGCCCUUGAGGAAGCUUCCAAAUUAUUCAAGGAUUGUGAUAUUCAACAAAUCACUGGCACUGAUAACCAGCCACAUCAAACUAAUUCCUCAAAAUGUCAUCCUUCAGCAGCAUCUCAGAAUGUACCUGCACAAUUAGACUUGCACUCAUUGGAUUUUAGCAGUUGUACAGUCACCCAGCAGAAGUAUUUUGAGCAGGAGGCUAUGGCUUGCACUAAAGCUUUAUUAGCAGAUGAUGACUUGAAUGAACCAGCUGGGUUGGUGACUUCAGAAGACACUUACUGCAAAAAAAGUUCAUCUGUUCAUGAUCUAUGGACACAGGGGUCUGUUGACCAUAAUAGGAGGAGGAAACGUCAGCUAGAUGCUGAUAGUAUAAAAGGUCAACCUCCUUUGAAACGGCAACUUCUCUCAGAGUUUGACCAGACUUCAGAUGCAAAAUCGUUGGGCCUCACCCCACUGAAAAGCUGCCCUAAUGGAACUAUAGGAGACAGGCGCAUCUUCAAAUACAAUGUCCAUCUCCAGCCCAAUGUCACCUGUCCAAAUUGGAAUUCUAUUGACCAGAAGUCAAAUGACCUUAACAACAUAGGGCAGUCAGUCCCUAAAGGAGGGGUGUUUGUGACCCCCUUUAGAAAGACUAUGAAGACUGAGACAUCAAAAGGUCGAGAUGUCUCUGAAAAGUCCACUGAUUUUAUUCCACCAUUCAAAAAGGCAAACAAAGACAAUACUGGUCGUAGCAAUAGCCUGCUUAUACAUUCAUGUGUAUCUAAACCUCCAUUUGGCCAGAAUACAGCACUGGAUAAAAGAUUUAUUACUUCAACAUCAAAUACCCACAAUGUUCCUUUGUAUUGUGGUGAGAAGAGCCUACAUGUGGGUUCUAAGCCUGAAACCACCGUUUCAGUGGAAAACAUACCUUUGAAAAACCUUCACUCUGAAGAGAGAGACACUGAGGCAUGGCAGGAGACCUUGCGACUAGCUCGGGAUAUGCAAGACAUGAGGCUCCAGAAGAAGAAAAGGCAGACUAUUCGUCCUUUGCCUGGCAGCCUUUAUCUUGCUAAGACCUCAGGUGACUCCAGAAAAGGUCUGAAAGAUGCUGUGGGGCACAAAUGUCCUGGUCAAUACACACUGGAGGAGCUGUAUCAGCAUGGUGUACAUUACGAAGUCUCUCAGAUAACCAGUGAAAAUGCUGAAUCAUACCGAUUUGACUGUAAUCAGUUCUUCAACCAUGAGGUCUUGAUGGAGUGUGGUGCUGCCCAGCUGGCUGAUGGAGGCUGGUUGGUUCCAGACUGUAAAUGUACUGUGGGGAAAGAAGAGUUCUUCAGAGCAUUGUGUGAUACCCCUGGCGUUGAUCCCAAACUGAUCACUGAUGCCUGGGUGUUCAACCACUACCGAUGGAUUAUUUGGAAACGGGCCUCCAUGGAAAGAGCCUUUCCAGAUGUAAUGGGUGGCCUGUGUUUGACUCCAGAGCAAGUACUUUUGCAGCUGAAAUUCAGAUAUGAUGUGGAGGUGGACCAGAGCAGGAGAUCUGCUCUCAGGAGGAUCAUUGAGAGGGAUGACACUCCAGCUAAGACAUUAGUGCUCUGUGUAUGUGGUAUUGCUUACACUAAUCAAGAAAAAUCUGAGGACAGAAGCACUGAUGCAAAGGUGGAGUCGACUGUGGUCUGGCUCACGGAUGGCUGGUACGCUAUCAGAGGCCUGUUGGACCCUCCACUUUCUGCUAUGCUGCACAAGGGCUGUCUCAGAAUUGGUGAUAAGGUCAUGAUCAAUGGAGCAGAGUUGGUUGGUUCCCAAGAAGCCUGCCCACCUCUGGAAGCUCCCGAAUCUCUGAUGCUAAAGAUUUCAGCUAACAGUACAAGACGAGCUCGGUGGAACACUAAGUUGGGGUACUGUCGUGACCCUCGACCUUUCAGGCUCCCACUCUCCUCAAUGUAUGCUGCUGGAGGUGUAGUGAGCUGUGUGGACAUUUUGGUGUUGAGAAGUUACCCCACUCAGUGGAUGGAGAAGAAGCCUAACGGCAUCUUUAUAUUUCGCAAUGAUCGUGCAGAAGAUCGAGAGGCCAGAAAACACAGCAACUCAAAGCACAAAACCAUGGAGCUACUUAUUUCCAAUAUGCAGGCCCAGAUUGAAAAAGAAAUGGAAGGUAAAAGAAAAAGCCAAGGCAGAAGGAGGACAUUUAAUCGACAUGAGAUUGAAGCUCUGCAUGAUGGGGAAGAGCUGUAUGAAGCAAUGGAGUAUGACCCAGCUGUUGAGACCCACUUAAGUGAGAGGCAGAUGGAAGCAGUGAGCAAGUACAGGCAGAGUCUAGGGGAGAAGAGGCAGGCGGAACUGCAGGAGCGUGUGCGGAAGGCCAUGACAGAGGCACAGGAAACUGAAGAGGGGUGCACCGAUCGAGACGUCACACCUGUUUGGAAGCUCAGCAUUACAGAUGCCAGUGACCUGCAGAGCAACUCUGUUUACACACUGAAUAUCUGGCGGCCAUCAGUGGACUUGUAUAGUUUACUAAGAGAGGGCCGCAGGUACAGGGCGUAUCAUCUCUCCACAUCAGACGGCAAGAAACGCUCAGGCAUUGCUCACAUUCAGCUCACUGCCACUAAGAAAACACUCUUCCAGGAUAUGGAGGUGUCUCCAGAAUGGUUAAGUCUGCAUUUCCAUCCAAGAGAAUGUGUCAACUUCAGAGAACUUCAAAAUCCACUGUUCAGCUCACCAUGUGGAGAAGUGGAUAUUGUGGGAUGUAUUGUCUCCAUAGUGGACAGACAAGGCAGCUCUCCAGUACUGUACCUUGUGGAUGAGAAGUUUGACAUAGUCUCUGUGAGAACCUCCAUUAAUUUGGAGCAGUUAGCUGUAGAAGAGCUGGUAAAACCUAGAGCACUGGUUGCUCUGAGUAACCUUCAGUUGAGACCGUUCUCUGGGCUUGUGCCAAGUCUUUAUGCAGGAGAACAAGCACUCUUCUCCAUAAACCCGAAGGAGUCCCAUCUGCAAGAAGCUAUAGCCCGUCUGAAGACUUUUGUAUUUACCUGUGAGCAGUUUUUCAGCAUGGCAGAGGAGAAGGUCUCAGAUCUGGUUCCUUCAGGUGACUUAGGCCCUUUUCUGUCUCCAAGAGCUCCUGGUGUGCAGUCCACUCUCAAAAUUAACAGCAGGGUUAAUGUAACCCCUCAGCAGAAAGGCAGCGUUUUCACGGCAUUCACUCCAGUGAAUAAAAGACCACCUGUAUCUGCAAGCAACAGUGAAGGCAAAGACCCCCAAAGCUUGAAAAGAAAACGAGGUCUGGUAUACCUGUCACGCAUCCCCUCUCCUCCACCACUCACUCCUCUAAAAACUAAAGCGUCUCCCUGCAUUAACAAGACCUUUAAUCCCCCACGGAGAUGCGUGACCCCCAAACCUCCACAGCAAGAACGUGAGUCACCUCGAGUCUCACAUCCCCCACCGAGAGAGGAAGAGUGGGUCCCUGAUGAAGAGCUGGUGAUGAUAGACACCCAGGUGUUACUGAAAGGCCUAAGGUAAGGCUGAGUGGACAAGUGAGACCCACUUGGUGGAACACUAAUGUGAGCAAAGAGGAGAGGAUGAAUAGCAGCAUUCAAGGAACUGAGAAUUAUACAUGCAGGAUGGUUCUUGAAAAUAGCGUUCAUACUGUGUUUACAAGGAAAGCAAAUGCCACUGCUUUGUGCUUGCCCAGUGGUUGCCCUUAGUAUGGUUCUAUGAUGCCAAAUACAAUGAAAAUGGUGUACUUUUAACAACUGUGGCAAUUAUUUUAUAUGUAAACUUGUACUUAAUUGUAUUACUGUAGUUUUGUAAAGUGAGGACUGUUCAGGGAAGAAAUUAAUGUGUAUAUAUAUAUAUAUAUAUAUAUAUAUAUAUAAAAUAAUAAUAAAUAUUUUAAUUUCUAAUAGUU